CGUUCAAGCAUGGCCAAGUGUCAUUGGUGGCCACUUUUCGGCGCCGCCAUCAUCAUCACGGGCGGUGCCUUUGCGAUCACGUACUUCACCCACACGGGCGUCUUUGCCGAGAGCUCGUCGUCGUCGUCUAACGACCCUGGCAAACCCGCCGGCAAGCCAACCAAGAACGCGACGUGCCCGUACCGCGGGUACUACGCCAACAGCAAGAACGACUGCGUUGCGUGCCCGACGCCCACGAAAACGUUUGCUGUCUUUUGGCAGACGUACACGGACGGGUGCCUCGAUUUUGUCAAGAGCGAUGCGUUCCAGUAUAUUACCCACAUUUACUGGGGGUUUGCGCUCAUCAACAACCAAACGGGCGAGGUUUCCCAAACGUUCCAAGGCAACGAUGCAACGCUGCAGACGUGCGUCAACGCCAUGAAAAAAAAGUGCGUCAAGCAGUACGCGAGCAUUGGCGGCCAAACGGAGCGCGCCAACUUUCUCUCGCUCGAUACACCGGCCAAGAUUGCUGCGUUUGGCAAGUCGGCGGCCGCGCUUGUGCAAAAGUUUGGAUUUGACGGCAUUGACGUCGACGACGAAAGCGGCAACUUGCUCGCCAAAGGCGACUGGAAAACAAACGCAUCGCCCAACGUCGCCUCGUACCUCCAGUCACUUCGCACCAACUUGGACGCCCUUCCGCGUAAGAGCCAAGAACCCGCGUACGGCUUGACGUGGGACGAAUUCUUUACGUCAAUGGACCCGACCUGCAAUGCGCCGACCGGUGACUACCAGCGCUGCUUUGACCCGGCGUUGGCAUCCCUUGUCGACGAAGUCAACAUCAUGGCGUACAAUGCCGAGACGGGCGUGACGUACGACACGCUGCUCACUACGACCGUGCCAACCUUGUGGACCGCUGCGAUUCCGCCGGCAAAACUCAUCAUGGGCGGCUGCGUCGGGACGCCAAAAGACCAAGGCGCUUGCUCGUACGGCGCCAGCCCCACGAGCGCACAGCUUGUCGGGUACGCGACCGAUGGCGCCGCAAAGUACGGUGGCACGAUGCUCUGGACCGCGUCAACCGAUAUCCAGCUCAACAAGGGCGCAAAUAUGAUUGGCAUGGGCAAGGCUGGCAACUACGGCAUUUCACUAGCGUAAAAUACACUGUUUCAACUAGUCCAAAACUUGUCCAGG